ACAGAUACGAGAGAUCGGACCGAGAUGGAUAUAGGGACGACAGAUACGAGAGAUCGGACCGAGAAGGAUAUAGGGACGACAGAUACGAGAGAUCGUACCGAGAUGGAUAUAGGGACGACAGAUACGAGAGAUCGGACUGAGACGGAUAUAGGGACGACAGAUAUGAGAGGUCGGGUCGAGAUGGCUACAGAGGUGGUAGGUAUGAAAGAGGAUAUCGGGAUUGGGAACGACGAGAUAGGUCGCGCGGAGGGUUUGAGCUCGGGGGAAUACGAGAGGUCGGGUCAAGAUGGCUACAGAGGUGGUAGGUAUGAAAGAGGAGAUCGAGACUGGGAACGACGAGAUGGGUCGCGCGGACGGUUUGAGUGCGGGGGAGAUGCGAGAGAGCAGCACGACGAGUCGCGGGGGUGGUACAAUCGAGGGUACCGACGCGAUGAGUCACGAGGGCGAUAUGACUCGGGGGACCGCCGGAAUGAUUCGCGAGGGCGGUAUGAGCAAGGAGGGUCUGGAGGAGACCGCCGCAACGAUUCGCGCAGUCGGAAUGAGAGAGGGGGAUAUGGUGUCUCAUCAGAACCAUAUCCCAAGUCGCCUGACCCCAAGGCAGCCAGAAGUUCGAUCUCUAGAAGCGCAAACGACAGACCAUCUACUCCCAGGAACUCAUGCGUCUACUGUAGAGGAGAAAAUCAUAUCAAGAGGGAUUUCCCAGACCUCAAACGGGCAAUAGAUGAGGGACUUGUCGUGCUUGACGACCACAAGUACGUCAAGUGGGUAGAUGGUCUGGGAGAUGUAUCGAUGUUCCCUUCGAUGAAGGAGAAUGUCGAAGCAAGGAGAGUAAAGCCGAGUAAAGAAAAGGAGCCAGUCAGGAGCCAGAGCAUSAAGAUAACCUUUGAGGGGGAUAUGGCGACCACACCCAUAAGGGUGGCAGCCACCAAGUCGGCGAGAGGGUCUACAUCGAAGAAGACUGACACGGAUUACGUGAUGACGGAGAAGGACGGGCAGCGGGUCAAUGGAGAGGAGGUUAUCCUUUCGCCACGAAAGAGGGGAGUGAAGAAGUUCUUAAUGAAGAGUCCGCUGGACGAGAUUGACACGGUCGAGCCACUGAGGCGGGCCCUUCGGCAACCCAUKCAGUGCUCUAUUCUGGAGUACCUAGCGGCAUCGAAGCCGGCUCGUGAUGAGUUACAGAUGAUCACGCGGAAGACUCGCAUACCUCUAUCGGAGGAGGGUCAGGGGGCUCCUAAGGCGGAAGCUUCUACAGUAGCAGUAACGAUGGUGACUGCUAGAGCGGAUCGCAUGACGACAGUCCUUCUCGACGGAAUGGAAGUGGUGCCUCCAGACAAGUUUUAUAUACUUGGUAGCGGGGCCGUGGAGACGAUUAUAAACAAUGCAGCGGUACUCGAUGCUGUGAUCGAUAACGACAGUGAGGCUGUCAUCAUAAACGAGGACCUGGCAGUACAGGUUGGACUAGGUCUCGAUAGGUCAUACCUAUUCGAGAUAGAGACGGCUGAUGGGAGAAAGCAUCAAAUCACUAGGUUUGUCACAAGGCAGCCAUAGAGGUCCAAGGGGUACGAGUGACCCUGCCUGUCUUUGCAGUCAAGAACUGCAGCUCCGACCUGCUCUUGGGUCGAACGUAGCUGAGCCACGUGCAUGC